UGGCAAUGAAGAAGCUGAGGCUGCUGAGAGUGCACUGGUCUGGUGACGAUGACGUCAGUGGCGGUGGCGGUUAAGGGCGGGAGCUCAGGAAGCCGGCGCGCUGUGAAUUGGGCUGUGGAGAAUCUCAUGCCCAAAGCAGAUCGCUUCGUCUUAGUUCACGUCAUCCCCAAAAUCACUUCCAUUCCAACUCCAUCAGGAGAUCACAUCCCUGUCGCAGAGCUGGAUGCGAAGUUGGUGGCAACGUAUGUGAAGGACAUGAAAGAAAAAUUUGAGGAAGUUUUUGAUCCAUUUAAGAACAAAUGCAAAACUAAAAAGGUGGAAACAUUGGUGUUAGAAGAUGAUGAUCCUGCAACUGGGCUUCUAAGGUUCAUAUCCGAGUCGGGGAUCAAUUGUUUGGUGUUGGGUUCUUGCUCUUCAAAUUACAUAACCAGGAAACUGAAGGGACCAGGGGUAUCACAAAUUGUUCUUAGAUGUGCUCCUCACACUUGUGAUGUUUAUGUCAUUUCCAGACACAGAAUCAUCAAAAAUUCAGAUGGUUCCUCAUCUGCUAUUGAGACAAGCUCGGCUAGCUGGAUGUCUACUCGAGACCAUAAGAGAGGUUCAAGUGAUAUCAGUGAACAUAUAUCCGGUGUUCGUUCUUUCCGUGUGGAAUCCACAGCUCAUGAAGCUUAUGGAGCAUCUCCAAUGUCAGACCUUAGUUACCUAAGUUCUGAAGCAUUUACGCGUAUGGGCUUUUCUGAAAAUGCUAGUGUAGAUCAGGAAACGAAUCAUCAUAACUUGGGAGAUAAGCUGGCGACUAGUUCUUUUCAUCAUCAAAGUUCCUCAGUUUCUUCGAACACUGGCCGGAUGGAGGUAGAACAGUUGCGUCUGGAAUUGCAGAAUACUAUUUCCAUGUACAAACGAGCAUGUGAAGAGCUGGUCCGUGCCCAGAGCAAGGUGCAAUUACUUUCUUCUGAGUGCCUUGAUGAGGCAAGAAGAGUGGAUGCUGCCCUUGAAAGUGAGGAAACUUUGAGAAAAAUUGCUGCUGAAGAGAAAGAAAAGCAUUUGAAAGCCAUGAAGGAGAUUGAGGAGGCCAAAGUUUUGCUUGCUAAAGAGGCUUAUGAGAGGCAAAUUGCCGAGCUGAAUGCCAUGAAAGAGUCCUCAGAGAAAAAGAAAUUAGUAGAUGCACUUUUCUCAAGGGACCGAAGGUACAGGAGAUACAGUAGGAAUGAAAUAGAGGUAGCAACAAGUUUCUUCUCUGAGGCUAAUGUGAUUGGCGAAGGAGGAUAUGGAAAAGUUUACAAAUGCAGUCUUGAUCACACCCCGGUAGCUGUUAAGGUUCUUCGACCUGAUGCAGUCAAUAAGAGAGAGGAAUUUCUGAAAGAGGUGGAAAUUCUUAGUCAGCUACACCAUCCGAACAUAGUUUUGCUGCUUGGAGCCUGUCCUGAGAUCGGUUGCCUGGUCUAUGAAUACCUGGAAAAUGGUAACUUGGAAGAUUAUAUCUCCCAACGGAAUGGAAAACCCUCACUCCCUUGGACAGUUCGGUUCCGCAUAGUUUUUGAAAUAGCUUGCGGGCUUGCAUUCUUACACAGCUCCAAGGUGGAGCCUAUUGUGCAUCGAGAUCUAAAACCGGGUAAUAUCUUACUAGACAGAAACUACAUGAGCAAAAUUGGGGAUGUUGGGCUGGCUAAACUCAUUUCAAACGUCGUCCCUGACAGCAUUACUGAGUACAGAGAAUCAAUUCUUGCCGGGACACUCUUUUACAUGGAUCCGGAGUAUCAGAGAACUGGCACAGUUCGUCCCAAAUCAGAUUUGUAUGCUUUUGGGGUUAUAAUCCUCCAAGUAUUGACAGCUCGCCAUCCAAACCGGCUUAUAUUUAUUGCAGAAAAUGCAAUGGCAAAUGGCUCAUUUGCAGACAUUUUGGAUGACUCUGUCACAGAUUGGCCUCUUGCUGAAGCAAAGGAGUUGGCUCGAGUUGCGCUAAGAUGUUCACAACUUAGAUGCAGAGACAGACCAGAUCUUGAAACUGAAGUUCUUCCAGUGCUCAAAAGACUGGUUGGUCUUGCAGAUUCAAGUUUGAAGAUUGACAGAAAUCAUGUCGAUGCACCAAGCCACUACUUUUGUCCAAUCCUUCAGGAAAUAAUGGAAGAUCCACACAUUGCUGCAGAUGGUUUUACGUAUGAGUUUAGAGCAAUCAAAGCAUGGCUUGAGAAGCACAAUGUGUCCCCAGUGACAAGGCUUAGACUUAAGCAUUCUGCGUUAACUCCAAAUCAUACGUUACGUUCAGCCAUACAGGAAUGGAGAACACAUGUAACAUACCCAAGUACCUAAGCGGAAAGACCAUGGACUUGUGCACCACUUCUUGCAAGCUUUUCAAACCAGAAACUCCAAAAUCUGUAUUGAAUUUGUGUUCUCUUUCUUGAAAAUGCGCAGAUGAAACAGAGCAUUCAAAAUCCUUGUACAAAACCAUCAAGCAACUAUAAAAACAAUCAAAUUUCAUAUAUGUUAUUUUAAUUGAGAAAUCAAAA